GGCUGAAUACAAUAAAGUAGAGAUGGAGGUAAAGGAGCAAUACAGUAAUUAUUUGAUAGCAAGCAUAGUAGAAAGAAAUAUUCCACACACAAUGACAGACGAGAAAAAGAACCGAGUGCUUGAAAUAAUGACAAGGACAAUAAAGAAAUCACUAGCUGGAGAGCUGAUCCGAAUACAAGAGUACACAGAUAUGUGUGUGAAAUCAGUCCUAAGAGCAGACGCAGAAAACCAUUAUCAACAAAUUGGCCAUAAUUUGGAAUACAUGGAAGAUUACCUGAUGCAGUUAUUUAGGGAAAAACAUCCCCUCGUAACGCCACAGUUUGCAGAAACCCUCCAGCCAAAUCGCAACCAUCAACAGGCAAUAGACAGAUGCUACAACUCCUUUGUAAAUGACCUUGACCUAAAUUCGACGGCUUUUCUAGACCACCUUGUUGAAGAUGGUCUGGUGUCUGUCGUCAGCGUGGAGAGCAUCCAAACUCGACCAACAUGCAGGGCACGCAAUGAGGCAUUUAUGCACAUUCUCAAAACGUGCACUUUGGGGAACAUUAAUAAUGUUAUAAUUCCAGCACUUCAAAAGACACACCCACAUCUUGCUGAGAAGUUAAAAGCUGAGAUGGAAAAGCCUCGUCAAACUGUUCCCAGCAAAUGUCUCGCCUGCCAAGUAAGAGAGGAAGUUCAAGUUAAACGUCUCGCCGACUCCCUGCUGAAACACAAAAUGAUCAGUUUGCCAUCACAUUCUGAUUACAAGAACCCGGCAAUGACAAACACUGUCAAAUGGAUUGAUCUACUAAAAGAAGUCAGUACGGCAGGAAUUAUUAAAGCCCUUGAAAAGAAAUAUCCAGAUUUACAUGCUGAGUGUCAAAUCAAGAAACUGAAAACUUUAGAGUGUAUUUGCGUUAUGGAAGAUGAAGGAAAAAAAAAGGACGUGGCGAGACUAUCAGAUUUGGAAUCAGUAUCAUCUGGAUAUGACAACAGCACUGGACAUAAUAGCGAUUUAACAGACGUGUGUUCAGCACCAAAAGAAGAUGCAGACAAGACACAACAUUCAGUUGAUUCUGAAUUGCGCAGUAAACCUCGAGUGAAAGUGUCGUCUGCUGAAAGAAAAAACAAAGAUGCAGACAAGACACAACAUUCAGUUGAUUCUGAAUUGCGCAGUAAACCUCUAGUGAAAGUGUCGGAUGCUGAAAGAAAAAACAGUAAGUGAUCAAUUAUGGACUAUUAGAAAAUCACUGUUUUCUAAAUUUUAUAUAUGGUGUCUGUAAAGUAUAGAAAGUAUUAAUUUGCUGUGACAUCUUUUUCUGUAAA